AUGAGAUCUCAGCCGCUGCUCUUCCCGGCCGCCGCCAAGCACACGGCCACGGUCAUCUUCGUCCACGGCCUGGGCGACACAGGACACGGAUGGGCCUCGGCUGUUGAGAACUGGAGACGGCGACAGCGGCUGGACGAGGUCAAGUUCAUUUUGCCUCAUGCUCCGCGCCUGCCGAUUACAGCUGCUGGAGGCAUGGCGAUGCCUGGAUGGUUCGACAUCGCUGCACUGAAUGGCAGGAUUGAGGAUAUCAGAGCCCACCAAGAUGAGAACGGCAUUCUGCAGACCAGAGACUACUUCAACGGCCUAAUCCAAGCCGAGAUCGAUUCGGGCAUCCCCGCAAAUCGCAUCGUUCUCGGCGGAUUUUCUCAAGGGGGUGCCAUGUCCCUCUUCACCGGACUGACGGCAAAGGUCAAGCUGGCCGGUAUCAUCGGUCUGUCAUCGUGGCUGCCAUUGGAUGCCAAGUUCCCCAACUUCCUCAAGGAGGACGACCAGAACCAUGAUACACCCAUCCUCAUGUGCCACGGGGCCGUGGAUCCCGUCGUGCCGACCGCGUUUGGCAAGGAAUCGUAUGAGAUGCUCAAGUCGCAGGGUUUCAAAGUCACGAUGAAGAUGUAUCCAGGUAUGGCACAUUCGGCUUGUCUGGAGGAGCUUGACGAGGUUGAAUCUUUCCUCGGGGCCCAGCUACCAAAACAGGACGAGAAGAAGUCGGAGCUAUGA